CGUCACUGCGUUGUUGUUGGGGUCCAAGACGCUCCGCGGUCGACUAGGGAAGCCCAAAUAAUAGUGAAAUAUAGCGUUCAUAUUUCACCUAUAUGGACUAAAACCCACCUGGAUGCUGAUCAAAUCCGCGGUGUUGGCGGAUCCCCUCGUCGCGGCGGUCCUGGAGCCUGGCUGCACCUUGCAGACAGAGAUAUAACAUAUAUACACCGGGCAGAGGGGGGUAUUAGGUCUGGUCGGAUGUGGAUCUACUACCCAAGGCCGCUGUUUUUAGAAAGCCUGUAACUCCUGAACACCACCGGGUGCCGCCAUGAGGAAGAAGGGUCCCCACCCGCGAGUGGUUCUUCCCAAGAGGGACUCCUCGCCCAUCAAGCCGUCGGCCAACCGCGAGACCCUGACGUACGCCCAGGCUCAGCGCAUCGUUGAGCUGGAGGUUGACGGCCGCCCGCACCGCCUCAGCAUCUUCGACAAGCUGGAGGUGGUGGGCGACGACACGGCCACCGCCCAGGAGAUCAUGGAGUGCAACAGCAACAAGGAGAACCACGAGAAGCCCCCGCAGGUCCUGGUGCGCUCGGCCCGCCUGAAGAACAGCCAGCAGAGGAAGAGCGGGGCUGCGGCGGCUCCGGGCCCCGGGGGGCCCCCCAGCAGCGCCCUCCUGGAGCCCCGCUUCCGCACGGUGGAGUACAACCUGCCGGUGGUCCCGCGGCGGCCCGCCGCCUUCUACCAGUACACGGAGCAGACGGAGGAGGAGCUGGACGAGGAGGUGGAGUACGACAUGGACGAGGAGGACUACGCCUGGCUUGAGCUCCUCAACGAGAGGCGGAGGAGUGAGGGCGUCAGCCAGGUCUCCUACAACCUCUUCGAGUUCCUCAUGGACCGGUUGGAGAAGGAGUCCCUGGGCGAGCAGCGCUCCCCAGUGGACGAGGACGCCGUGUGCUGCAUCUGCAUGGACGGGGACGCCGCCGACAGCAACGUCAUCCUGUUCUGCGACGCGUGCGACAUCGCCGUGCACCAGGAGUGCUACGGCGUGCCCUACGUGCCCGAGGGCCAGUGGCUCUGCCGCCACUGCCUGCAGCGGCCGGCGCGGCCCGCCGAGUGCCUCUUCUGCCCCAACCGGGGCGGCGCCCUCAAGAAGACGGACGACGACCGCUGGGGCCACGUGGCGUGCGCGCUGUGGGUGCCCGAGGUGGGCUUCUCGGACACGGUGUUCAUCGAGCCCAUCGACGGCGUGGGGAACAUCCCGCCGGCCCGCUGGAAGCUGACCUGCUCGCUGUGCAAGGAGAAGGGCGCCGGCGCCUGCAUCCAGUGCCACCGCGCCAACUGCUACACGGCCUUCCAUGUGAGCUGCGCCCAGCGGGCCGGCCUCUACAUGAAGAUGGAGCCCGUCAGGGAACCCAGCGAGGCGGGGGCUGCCGCCUUCUCCGUCAAGAAGACGGCCUACUGCUGUGCUCACACGCCGGAGGGCUGCGACCGGCGGCCGCUGCACGUCUACGACCAGCCCGGGGACCGCAAGCCCGGCAAGCAGAGGAGCAAAACCAAGAUCAAGAGAGAGGAGCCCGACCCGGAGGCCCCGGCCAUCAGCGGGCCCAGCAUCACCCUGUCUAGCUUCGAGAGCAUCGUGAACCAGGUGGCGGUCCAGAAAAAGAGGUCCUUCGUGGAGAGAGUUCUGAGCUAUUGGGUCCUGAAGAGACAGUCCAGGAACAAUGUCCCCCUGAUCCGCCGCCUGCAAGCCAACUCCCAGCCCCCAAAGAACCACCAACCGGUCAGUCCUAAGACCGACCCAAUGGUCAGUCCUCCUAAGACCCACCCAACGGUCAGUCCUAACCCCCAGACCCCCAAGAACCCUCAACCGGUCAGUCCUAAGACCCACCCAACGGUCAGUACUGAGACCCAUCAACCGGUCAGUCCUACCCCCCAGCCCCCCAGGACCCACCUACCAGUCAGUCCUAAGACCAGCCCAACGGAGUUCCGCCUGGAGCGCAGCCAGGAGCUGAAGGAGCAGCUGACGGAGUGGCACCGCCUGAGGCACGACCUGGAGAGGGCCCGCCUGCUGCUGGAGCUCAUCCGCAAGAGGGAGAAGCUCAAGAGGGAGGAGGUGAAGCUGCAGCAGUCUCUCAUGGAGGUCCAGCUGACUCCCCUCAACAUCCUGAUGAGAGCCGUCCUCGCCCAGCUGCAGGACAAGGACACCUACAAUAUCUUCGCCCAGCCAGUCAGCCUCAAAGAGGUCCCAGACUACCUGGACCACAUCAGUCAGCCCAUGGACUUCUCUACGGUGCGGAAGCGGAUCGAGGCCCACCACUACAGCAGCCUGGAGGCUCUGGAGGAGGACUUCAACCUCAUCAUCUCCAACUGCAUGACCUACAACAAUCCAGAGUCCUUCUUCUACAAGGCGGCGCAGCGCAUGCAGGACCACGGCGGGGCCAUCCUCCGCAAGGCCCGGCGCCAGGCCCACAAGGUCGGCUACCAAGUCCCCGGGGGCACCCACCUCCCCACCGCCCCCCCACCGGCGGAGCCAGCCCCCUUCAGCUGGGAGCACGUGGACCGUGUGCUGAGCCCGGCCUACCGCCUGCAGACCCCGCUGCUGCAGCAGCUGGACGAGCUGCUGGAGCAGCUGGACGCCUGCGUGUCCAUGAAGCAGAGCCCCUCGCGCAGCAAGCGGCUCAAGCUGCUGAAGAAGAGCAUCGUGGAGGUCCGGGCCCAGCUCAACCGGCCCCUCCACACUCGGACCCCCGCCCCGGGCCCCUUGGAGCCCACGGAGACGCCCCCUGCUGAGGCUCAGGGCUCCCCAGCCCGCACACACAACCAUGAGGAGCGCUCUAUACCGCCGCCCCCUGCCCAGCCACUGUGCUCCCUAGCAGAAGAACCCCCCGGAUCGCCCCACCCGUCCAGCCCCGACGCCUCCGCCCCGCCGCUCGUCACAGACGCCACUACCUCAGAACCACAGGGACCGCCCCCCGCCGCCCCCACGCCCACAGCCGCCGCCUCCCCGCCUCCGACUGGGCCAACCGGACCCCCGACCGGGCCCUGCAGACCCCCCGCUGGUCGGCGCGGCAGCCUUCUCUUCCGUAAGUCCAAGAGCGUCAGCCCGCUGAAAGCUCCCCCGCCGGGCGGCGUCUCCCCGGGCUGCGUCCCGCCGGGCUCCCCGCCCCUGGGGACCAAGAGCUUCCUGUCGGUGGUGAUCCCCCGCCUUGAGACACUCCUGCUGCCCAGGAAGAGGGCCCGCAGUGCCAGCACGGACCGGGGCCGCGAUGGGGACUGCCCCCGAAAACGCCUCAACACAGGAUUGGCCAACGGCUUCGUGGUGGAGGAGGAGGAGGAGGGAGAGGAUGAAGGGUCAGGGUCCAGCCGACUUCUGGAGCCUCGGAGGCGCUGUGCCUCAGAGUCCAGCAUCUCCUCCAGCGGCAGUCUUCUCUGCAGCACCAGCACAGUGACUGUACAGAAGAGUUUGAAAGGGCGCUCCCUGGUGGCACGGCGGUGCACUGCAGACGUUAAGACCUCACGCCUCACCUGCAGGGAGCACACGCAGCUCCCCAGAGACGUACACCUGGCCACAGACCACGGUGCCCCAAAUGGCGACGGGGGCGUGGCCUCUCAGCGGGGGGCGGACGGCCCCCCCGGCCGGGCGGUGACCCGGAGAGCUGACGCCAUACCGCUCCGCAGAGAAGCUCUACCUCGCUCCCUCCUCAGACAGCAGGCCCAGCUGGCAAUGGCUUCCUAGAACCAAGAUGGCUGCCUGCGGGGUCAGCAAGAUGGUGGGCGGCGUGCAUCGUGACCUCUGACCUCGGACUCACAGCACCCUGAAAUACUUAUACCUCUGACCUACUGUACCCUAAAGUACUCUGACCUACUGUACCCUGACCUCUGACCUACUGUACCCUAAUGUACCCUGACCUGUGACCUACUGUACCCUAAAGUACAGUGACCUCUUACCUACUGUACCCUAAAGUACCCUCACCUAUGACCUACAGUACCCCAAAGUGCCCUGAUCUCUCACUUACUGUACCCUAAAGUACCCUGACCUCUGACCUACUGUACCCUUCAGUCAAGGUUAGGGUUCAUCCCCUGAAGCUACUGAGUGACAACAUGACCUUUAACCCCACCCAGACGAGGCCCGACACUAAAUUAUUUCACAUUUGCUGUUGCUACGGUGAGCGUUGAUUCGCAGCUGUUGACGGAAGCUGCUGGUGCUAUCUGUAGCCGCAGGGCUAGCUAGCUGCUGGUGCUUUCUGUAGCCGCGGGGCUAGCUAGCUGCUGGUGCUAUCUGUAGCCGCGGGGCUAGCUAGCUGCUGGUGCUAUCUGUAGCCGCGGGGCUAGCUAGCUGCAGGUGCUACAUACUGUAUCACCACAACAAGUUCUCAUUUCUACUCCUUUUCUUACUCUUUGCUUUCUUUGUAAGUUAUUGAGUUGUGAAACUUCUCUGGCAUUAACCUUUAGUGUGUUUUUGUUUUUUUAUUCACUGUUUUUACCGGACUUUUGGGGUUUGUACAUAUUGAUAUAAAAUCUAUAUUAUAAUAAUAAUGUAUACUUAGAGAAUCUCUCACAGGAACCAAGAAAGGCUGCCCUGUUCGUGUGUGUGUGUGUGUGUGUGUGUGUGUGUGUGUGUGUGUGUGUGUGUGUGUGUGUGUGUGUGUGUGUGUGUGUGUGUGUGUGUGUGUGUGUGUGUGUGUGUAUUUAUUGAGAACAGAGUAGUACGCCCCCACCUUGUUUGAACCUUCUUCCCUCGUUUUCUUUUUUAUGAGUAGCAUUAAAUAUGUCCAUGUGUUUCUCCAGACUGAUGAUGAUUUUAUAUUAAAACACUGAAGAAUUAAAAAAACGGUAUUGAAUCACUCA